UAUCUAAAUAGGUCGGAAUUUUGAAAACCCACGUCAUUAUACGAAGAGCAAGGAUUUAGAAAGGAGGAUAUUUUUGAUGAAUACGACAUAGGCAACUUAUAUACCAAUACUAGCAGUAUUGCAGGAAAAGUUUGAUAUCCAUUUUAGUAAAACUGUGUAUCCGGAAAACACGCAGUACAAUGGCCAAUACAUAUGUUGUUAUUGCUGCAUCGGUUUUUUUCUGCAUUGGAUUAAUUGGAAAUUCUAUCACCGUGUGUUUUGUUGCUGUAUCCAAACGGCUGCACACUCCGACAUACGUCCUGAUUGGAUGCCUAGCAGUGUCUGACGUACUCGCCUCUGUGACGCGAUUUGCUCAAAUAUUUGUCAAAUCUCUUUUCAAAGAAUAUUCACACGGAUAUAUAUAUGGGAUAUUCACCUUUUUAUUUCUUCACUCGGCAUUUUUCCACAUGGUGUUAGUAUCAUAUGUACGUUUUGUUUUCAUUACAAAUCCUCUGCACAGUUUGAUACUGACUUGUAAAAAAAUUCUGUUGAAGUCUUUUGCCGUUUGGAUAAGCUCUAUUGUCGUUUCCAUCGGAUAUGGAACAGUUAUAGUGCUAAUGCUCAUGAACAUAAUAUCUUUGAAAACAGCAGUUUUUGCUGAUGUUGGAUUUGCUUUGUAUGUUAGUGGAUUACCAUUUAUUAUUGUAGUUGUUUUUAAUGUUCAAAAGCUGUAUUAUCUGUAUAACCAAACAGCUUUGGUUCGACGAACCAGAAUAGCAAAUUCGAUGUCUGUGAUGUUUUGGAUUAUCAUUGUAAUUUAUCUCCUUAGCACAAUAUAUCCUUUAAUUUACGUAAUUGAAUUUGGAUUGUUAAAUAGUUCACUUCUUGAUAUAAACUUAGACUUAGUUCAUGAUAUGUUUUCUUUUUCGUUGCUUGUCAAUACUUGUUUGAAUCCUUUGAUAUAUUUCAUGUUUUCACCCCCUGUUUUAAGAGUUCUAUCCCGAUUAAAAAAUGUUGUAAUUAUGGCACAGAUCGUCGCAUAAGCAAUCCUAGAUCGUGUCCGCAAGUGAAAUGGGUUGGUGAACUAUUUUUUACCUUAACCAUCUGAUGUCACUUCUCUCUGGUUUUUGUGACUUACGUCAUGAAAAAAAAUCGUUUUCGUUCUAAAAAAGUCGGUGAUAGUUUAAAGUUUAAUAAUGGUUCUGCUGAUUCUAACGCCGAGAGUAUGUAGCUCCAUGUCUGCAAAAAAUUCUAAUGAAGGACAUACACGCUACUUUUGUUUCUUGUUAAAAAGUUGCAAUUAACAACGCACUUAAAUUUGCGCUAAUUUUUGACUGUUUAAGCUUAUUUCAACAUGUAAAUUGCAACGUUUUAACUCGUAUUGAGUUUUAACUCCAAUACCGUACAUCCAUUAUCUAGACUGCGAGCUACAGACCCGCAGCUAAACAUUUUAUAGACCUAACAAUAUUGCACAAUAUAUUUUUUUUAUCAUUAAUAAUAUAUAUAACAGUCAUUUAAAUGUUAGCUUGUAAAAGAAGAAUAAUGACGGAGUUUAAUUGCUUUUUU